GCGCUUCGCUUCUGCUUCCGUCGUGUUGUUUGAGGCGGCUGUCUAUACGGUUUUUUUUUUAUUAUUACUAUUAUCAUCCCCGCUGACGGCUUUGACGCCUCCUCGCUUUGUCUUUUUUCCUUCUUCUUUCGGCCUCGCAGUGUUCGCCCCCGCCAUGAAUGGUUACCGGGACAGCAGGAUCGAGGAGGGCACCUUCCUCUUCACCUCAGAGUCGGUGGGGGAAGGGCAUCCAGAUAAGAUCUGCGAUCAAAUUAGUGAUGCUGUUCUUGAUGCGCACCUGAAGCAGGAUCCAAAUGCCAAAGUAGCAUGCGAAACUGCUGCAAAGACUGGAAUGAUUCUCUUGGCUGGAGAGAUCACCUCCACUGCCGCGGUUGACUAUCAGAAAAUUGUUCGUGAAACAAUCAAGCAUAUCGGCUAUGACGACUCUUCAAAAGGCUUUGACUUCAAAACGUGCAAUGUGCUGGUUGCUCUGGAGCAGCAGUCCCCUGACAUCGCACAAGGAGUGCAUCUUGACAGGAAGGAGGAAGACAUUGGUGCUGGGGAUCAGGGUUUGAUGUUUGGUUAUGCUACCGAUGAGACCGAUGAGUGCAUGCCUCUGACUCUCCUCCUGGCACACCAGCUGAAUGCAAAACUGGCAGAACUCCGUCGGAAUCAUAUUUUGACUUGGCUGCGACCAGAUUCGAAGACCCAGGUGACGGUUCAGUACAAGCAGGAUCGGGGGGCUGUCAUUCCCAUUAGAGUCCACACGAUUGUCAUUUCCGUUCAGCACGACGACAGAAUUGGACUGGAUGAGAUGAGAGAUGCCCUGAAGGAGAAAGUGGUCAGAGCGGUUGUGCCUGCAAAAUACUUGGAUGAUGAUACUAUUUAUCAUCUGCAACCUAGCGGCCGAUUCGUGAUUGGUGGCCCCCAGGGAGAUGCUGGUUUGACUGGCCGGAAGAUCAUUGUGGACACUUAUGGCGGUUGGGGAGCCCAUGGAGGAGGAGCUUUCUCUGGGAAAGACUACACGAAAGUUGACCGUUCAGCUUCUUACGCUGCUCGCUGGGUUGCCAAAUCCCUUGUGAAGUCUGGCCUGUGUCGACGGGUGCUUGUUCAGGUCUCUUAUGCUAUUGGAGUCGCCCAUCCGAUAUCAGUCUCUAUUUUCCACUACGGCACCUCUCAAAAAACCGAGCACGAACUGCUGGACAUUGUGAAGAAGAACUUUGAUCUUCGCCCGGGGGUCAUUGUCAGGGAGCUGGAUCUGAAGAAGCCUAUUUAUCAGAAGACUGCAGCCUAUGGUCACUUUGGUAGGAACAACUUCCCCUGGGAAGUCCCCAAAAAGCUUAAAUACUGAAUAAUAUGUUGGGCUUCUUUCCCCCAGACCUGUUGGUGUACAUUACAGAGAAACCUCCAGGCUCCUUGGUGGGGAAAGAGCCCCCCCCCCCCCCCCCAAUCCCUCAAUUGGUCCUAUCCUUCUCUACUCUUAAAACUUGGCACACUGUUCACGACCAUGAAUAUCAGUCGGGGGGGGGGGCAAAUUUCACUGUGCUUUCUCCUCCCCCCCCCACCUCCUGGUGGGUUUAACCUACGAGCCAGUUGAGCCUAGGCACCAUACAAAAAAAAAAUCAAUCCAUGAGAAGAAAGGCUGUCUUCAGCCUAAUCUUUUUUUUUUUUUUGCAUCGCCCAAAGGCUUUAAACCUUAACCUUCAAAAAGAAAAAUCCCAAGAGAUUUCCCUUGUGUUGCGUAUGCAGUCCGUGGUUUUCACCUCCCCUGCCCACAUGCUUAGAGCAGGGCGGUGCCAAGCAGCCGGUUUUGAAGAAAUGCCAAGGCCGCCACCUCAAUUGAUUCCUUAGGAGCAGCGGCCUGUUGCCUAAGCCAGAGAGCUUGCAUGUUACACAACCUCCAUUUGCAACGCUCGUUUGAGUGCGGUUCUUAAUAACAGAGGCAGCCCUGAUUCCGUGCUUUUAAAUCUGGCAUCACAUUGUGAUCCUUUCCUGCUGCUUUCUUUGAGGUUCAUCUUAUUUUUUAAACCUAUGCAGUUUUAGCACUAGCCAGACCUCAACCCACUCCCCCACCCCCUUAUCAAAUGGGCACUUGGGGGGCAAUCUUUGUAUACUAUUUAGAAAAGUCAGAAGAUUGUACCCAGGACUUGUAGGCUGCACACAUUUGGCACCUGGAUUUUUUUCUUUUUUUUUUCUUUUUUGGUUAGAGCCAAGAAUUUUCAUAUUGCACAAAAUUCCCAGUUUACUUUCAUAGUCGAGUCCAAUCUGCAUUCUGAAGCCCUGGUGUAGCUACAGAGAUGCCAGGCCCCCUUCAGAGCACAUGUGCAAUUGGGAAGGUUGUGGGAAGAGACCUACAUACUUGAAGAAAAACUUUUUAAUAAUUGCUUAUUUAUUGUGUUUGGGAUGGGGUGUGAGUACAGAGAAGCCCUUGUCCCAAAUGGCAGCUUUUAAACUUUACUUUUUGACACCAUGAAAUUCCUUGAACAGUUCCCAGCAUUCCCUGAUAGGCCAAGGUGUACUACAGAAAAGCCUUGGGUGUAUCCUACAGGGGGUCUGGCUUGUGUAAAACAGGGGAGGGCAGUGCUGGGGGGGGCUAACCAUGGAAGGGGCUAACUUGGUUGGUGUUGUACAGAGAAGCCAGCUUGUUUACAUGCCCAUCCCAUGGUCAGCAUCCUAAACAGGAAGUGCCUUUUGCGUUCCAUUUUUUUUUCCUUCCUGGGCGUUUUAUUACAUAUGUCUGGUUCUUGAAAUUCCACAUUAAAAUCUUAAUAAAGUGCUAGGUUCUAUCUUAAACGAUGA